AUCUCUAAGAGGGGCCAUGAAAGGAGUUCUCUUGAUUCCAUGGGUAGGAGAAGUAGGCAAUGUGGAUAAACACGAUUCCCGUCCAGGCUGGAGGCCUGGGGAGCCUGUUCACUGAAUAUGAAACGUCUUGGGUCCUUUGCCUUCUGAAUCCUUUGACCAAGAGAGGCUGGAUAACAGUGCAUUAGAUCUUUGGCAGCAGCUUGACUUGGGUUCAGUUCUAUUAUUUACGAGCCUUGGACAGAGGCUUAACCCCUUGGAUCCCAAUUUCCUCCUCCAUAAAAUAAGGACAAUAACAAAAUCGAUUCCUUAGGAUUGAUGUUAAAGCACUUAGGGCAGAGUAGCUGCUAGGUAGGGGACUGCCAUGUUUCAUACAUAAUGGAUUACCAAUAAUCAUUUAUUGAUCACUUUCCGAGUCAAAACACUUUAUGUUCCUGUAUCUCAUUGAAACAUCACCGUUUCUCUGUAUGGCAGGUGCUGUUAUCAUAAGACGUAUAAGGCACCUAACACUAAUGGCACCUAGUAAGUGCUCACCAAAAGCCCUAUUACUGAGCGCUCUUUUGUCAUAUAAAAACAGAGCUUGGAAAAGGAGCUUUGCAAGGCUUAAGGUGCCGCUCAAGUUUUUGCUACAGUUGUUACGUCACCCUUUGUGGUCAUAAUCCUUUAUUAUUCUUUCGGCGCUAUUAUGGUCUCCUAGUUACCGUGGCCACGGAAACGCGGCCCGCCGUCCUGGAUUGGGACGGUUCGCGGGCUCCCCCUAGAGGCUACCUUCCGGUCCUGCUGCGGGACGACGGCUCGGGCCUUUCCGGGGGGAGCCGGGAGUUGUAGGCUACGGAAGGUGGCUGCCGCCCAGAGAGGCACGCCGGGAAUUGUGGUCCCAGGGAGGGGCGGCUGGCCCAGACCCGGCUCCCGUCUCACCCGCAUGGCGGCUGCGACUCGCGGCUGCCGGCCCUGGGGCUCGCUCCUCGGGUUGCUAGGGCUGGUCUCGGCCGCGGCCGCCGCCUGGGACCUGACUUCGCUGCAUUGCCACUUCGGCACCUUCUGCGAAUGUGACUUCCAGCCCGACUUUCAGGGUCUGGAGUGUGACCUGGCUCAGCACCUGGCCGGCCAGCACUUGGCCAAGGCAUUGGUGGUGAAGGCACUGAAGGCCUUCGUGCAGGACCCAGCCCCCACCAAGCCACUGGUCCUCUCCCUGCAUGGCUGGACAGGCACUGGCAAGUCCUACGUUAGCUCCCUUCUGGCGCACUAUCUCUUCCGGGGUGGCCUCCGCAGCCCCCACGUUCACCACUUUUCCCCCAUCAUCCACUUCCCCCAUGCCAGCCACAUGGAGCGCUACAAGAAAGAUCUUAAGAGCUGGGUCCAGGGAAACCUCACAGCCUGCAGCCGCUCCCUCUUCCUCUUUGACGAGAUGGACAAGCUGGCCCCAGGCCUGAUAGAGGUCCUGCUACCUUUCCUGGGCUCCUCCUGGGUUGUGUUUGGGACCAACUAUCGCAAAGCCAUCUUCAUCUUCAUCAGCAACACUGGUGGCGAGCAGAUCAACCAGGUGGCCCUGGAGGCGUGGCGUGGCCGCCGGGACCGGGAGGAGAUCCGCCUGCAGGAGCUGGAGCCCGUCAUCUCCCAGGCUGUGCUGGACAACCCACACCGCUUUGGCGCUCCUGGCUGUCAUGCAACCUCCCUGAGCCCACCACAGACCCUUCCCACAUUGCCCCUUCCUGCAGAUGGCUUCUGGCGCUCAGGCAUCAUGGAAGAGCGUCUCCUAGACGUCCUGGUGCCCUUCCUACCACUGCAGCGGCACCACGUGCGGCACUGCGUGCUCAACGAGCUGGCCCAGCUGGGCCUGGAGCCAAGGGAGGAGGUCCUCCAGGCCGUGCUGGAGAGCACCACCUUCUUCCCUGAGGAAGAACAGCUCUUUUCCUCCAACGGCUGCAAGACUGUGGCCUCCAGAAUUGCCUUUGUCCUCUGACUCUCCAGAUGGCGUCCUUGCUCUCUUCUCCCUGGCCAGGCUGUGCAGGAAAGCCCUGGGGCCCCUGCACUCCUGGAGAGUGAGACCCAGAGCCCAAAGUGAAGAUGAGGAGGCAUGCUGGCUAGGCCAUGGGACAGAGGGCCCUGGCCUCUUCACUGGUCUGAGGGUCUCUUGGCCUUUGCUUCCUUCCCUGGAGAAACCACUGGUGACCCCAGAACUUCAGUGAGCCUUGCCGUUGCCCUCCAGCCUAAGCCUUCUUAAAAUGUGAAUUGUAACUCAGGGACUGUGGCUCAUGGCUGCUCUCUCCCUCUUCGGAUGGUUACUCUUGGCCCCUUGCUCUGGCACCAUACUCUGAAGCCUCCAUUGCACACCCUGUGUCCCAGUACUGUAAGGCCAGGCUGAGACUUCUCAGUCUUCAUGAACAGAGGGACUCAAGCUGCCACUUGGGCCUGGUUUUUAAAGUCUUUAAUAUUAUAAGAGAACAAAUACAAUAAACUUAGCCAUGGGACCAGAA